CGAGGAGGAGAUAGAGCGCACAUUCCCAGAAGCUUUGCCUUGCUAGGGGCUGCCGUCAGUCGUCAGUGUUCAUUAUCAUUCGAUGCCCGGCAGCUUGCCCGUCUGCAUCGGUGUCCGGAUGGACAGCCAAGGCGAACCAGGCAUCUGAAAACAAAUUGAAGCAAUCUCCUGCCCCACACGAUCCAGAGAAAACCUGGGAGACGAGGUUGGAGAAGACCGUAACGGAGAAGACAGACCCUUUCGUCUGAACUCCUUCUUCCUUCUCGUCACACGCAUCUUUGCACAUACCACACCACCUUGACUGAACGCAAUGUCGGUCGCUAACAACGCUGGGCACAAUGCCGAGAACACCAUGAUUGACGCCGAGUCCCAAAAGAAGACGCAAGGCUACAACGGCAACGGUUACAGUGGCUACCAGGACGGCGCGGGCUUUACUGGCGGUAACAACGUCUCGCGCACCAUUACUCCCGGUGGUCAUCCGGCCAACGAUGACCUUCUUGCAGUGGGCGCCGGCCAUCGUAAGCUGGCCAAUCCUCUUCCUCUGGGUGCCAUGUCUUUCGCUACGACGACCUUGGUCCUCUCGCUAUACAACGUCGGAGUACAAGGAAUCAAGGUCCCCAAUGCAAUUGUCGCCUUCAGUCUGUUCUACGGAGGUUUCACUCAGUGGCUCGCCGGUCUCUGGGAGUUCGCUAGCGGCAACACCCUGGGUGCCUCGAUCUUCGUCUCAUACGGAAUGUUCUGGUGGGGCUUCAGCUUCAUCUUCAUUCCCUUCUUCGGCGAGACAGGCUCGUACGAUGGCGUACCGGGUGUCUACGCCAAGGGUGGACUUUCGCCUGGCGAGAUGGAAUCGGCCGUGGGCCUCUUCCUCUGGAUUUGGUUUGGCAUCACGACCAUCUUCCUCAUCGCCAGUGUGCGAUCAAGUGUGGCCCUUGCCGUGCUCCUUUUCGUGCUCGACUUGACCUUUGCCUUCCUCGGCGCCUUUUACUACACUGGAAACCCUCACUUCCAAACUGCCGGUGGCGGUCUCGGUAUCGCCACGGCAUUCAUCGCAUACUACCUUGCUUUUGGUUCCUUCUUCACUCCCUCUACCUCUUACUUCACCCUUCCCCUCGUUUCUCUCGCAGUCGAUGACUGAGCUCCUCGGCCGCCAAAUUCUUCUAGAUGUUUAUUGUUCAAAUAAGAUGCAAAGAACUUCUCUACUC